GUCUAUCUGUGGUCACAGUCCACUGAGGCUUCCAGUCAGUCAUCAUGGCUCGCUGGACGCUUCCCAACUUUUUAUUUCUCUUGCUUCUCUGCAGCUCCUACGGAAAUGUUCCAAGAAGACCCAGCUGGAUGGACAGAUUUACACCUAUCGAAACUUUCUGGGAACUCCACGAGAUAUCAAAAGAGGUCAGUUCUGAACCAAGGUUUACUGUGCUAGCUCCAGAUCUGCUGAGGACAGACAGCCAGGAGAACAUCUUCCUCCAGGCAGAAGGUCUGUCCUCCCCCGUGACUGUCUCCAUCUCAAUCAUCGACUUCAGUAAGACCACCACGCUCCUGCAGGACUCCGUCACACUGAAUCUGGAAAAUGGAUAUCACACUCUCAAAACUCUUCAGCUCUCCUCUAACCGCUUGGAGCGCGAAGAAAAGAAGAACAAGUUUGUGUAUCUGAAGGUGGAUUUUGUUGGCCACCACUCGAUGGAGAAGAUACUGAUGGUGUCCUUUCACUCUGGAUACAUCUUCAUCCAGACAGACAAGCCCAUCUAUAAACCCGGAGAUACUGUUCGUUUCAGAGCGUUCACGUCCUCACCUACUUUUAAGGCCUUUAACAGCUCCGUCACAAUAGAUAUCCAGAAUCCCGACGGUAUUGUGGUUAAACAGGUCUCUAGGAUCCAAGCUUUUGACGGCGUUUUUGCUGACACUUUUCCUCUCUCAGAAAUUGUCAAUGAAGGACAAUGGACAGUGAUUGCAAAAUUUGACCACUGGGAGCAGAACACCUUCACCUCCCAGUUCCAGGUGAAGAAAUAUGUGCUUCCUGCCUUUAAUGUUACUCUGACGCCCAGAAAGUCCUUCCUCGACCUGGAUGAUACUGAACUGGAAGUAGAGAUCUCGGCCAGAUACCUGUAUGGGGAGCCGGUCCAGGGCACGGCCUAUGUGGUGUUUGGAGUGAAGAUCAACCAAGAGAUGAGGAGGUUGCCUGCAGUGAAGAAAGUGACAGAUCUGGACGGAGGAGUGGUCAAACUGAGUAUCGAGGAGCUCAAACGAGCUCACCCCAACAUCAGAUCUCUUGUGGGUAGCUCUGUGUAUGUGAAGGCCUCAGUGCUCACCAAGUCAGGCAGUGAUUUGGUUGAAGCAGAAAAGACUGGCAUUAAAAUUGUGGAGUCUCCGUAUGCCAUAUCCUUCAAAGAAGUACCAAAGUACUUCAAGCUGGGCCUGCCCUUGGACUUCACAAUCCAAGUGAGCCAACAUGACGGUUCUCCAGCCAGAAACGUCAUAGUCAAAGUGACAUUUCUAGACACGCCCUUGGUUGUGUCCUCCGGCACCACCAGAGCCAGCGUCAACAUGCCUCCACAACAACGCGCACAAACCAUCACUGCUGAGACGGUGCAGGCUGGACUCAGACCAGAGCAGCAGGCCAAACAACAGAUCACUGUUCAGCCGUUCGCCGCCUUUAGAAGCCGUACACCGAACUACCUGUACAUCUCCACAGGGACCAGCACAGUCUCUGUUGAAGACAGAAGUCUGUCCCUGAAGAUGAGCAUCACUGUUGCAGACCCGACAUACAGACAAUACAUCACACACAUCACCUACCUGGUGCUGAAUAAAGGCAAAAUCAUUGUUGCUGAUCGUGUGGAUGUGGCAGGUCAGGUGAUCACCAGUGUCGAACUUCCUAUCACCCCGGAGAUGAUGCCCUCUUUCCGCUUUGUGGCGUUCUACAGUAUCCCCUGGUAUGGGGGUGAGGAGGUGGUGCCGGACUCCAUCUGGGUGGAUGUGGAAGAUUCCUGCGUUGGAGGGCUGAAUGUCGGGCCGGUGGACGGCGUAGGUCAAGACUACACGCCUGGAAAGAGCUUUAGUUUCCAGAUCAGAGGUGACCCGGGGGCAAAGGUCAACCUGGUGGCCGUGGACAACGCUGUGUUUCUCCUCAACAGGGACAGACUUACACAGGGGAAGAUUUGGGGCGCGGUGGAGCACGGAGACAUCGGCUGCACCCGAGGGGGAGGCCAAAAUGCCCUGGCGGUGUUCUCAGACGCCGGACUGCUCUUCGCCUCCAGCACCGGGCUCCAAACUGUUUUCAGACAAGCUCUGAAGUGUCCCGGUAGUGCCAGAAGGAGGCGCUCUGCUGAAAAGCUGCAGCGUAAAGCCCAGCUGGAGAGUCAUUACAAAGAGAAGCUGCAGCGCCGCUGCUGUAAGGACGGCCUCAGGGAGAUCCCCAUGCCGUACUCCUGCACGCGGCGCUCCCUCUACAUCACCGAGGGCUGGGAGUGCAUGAAGGCUUUCCGCUACUGCUGCGCCACCUACAGGAACCAGGAGUUUAACACCGAGAUUCCCACCAUCCCACCACCCUUUACAACACCUCCGCCCACCACCACCACCACCACCACCCCUCAACCAAUGUUCACUUUUCUACGGAGGGAGAUGGUUCUCAAUACUGAAGAAAUACGACCAUUUCGUCGGCAAAUUGGUACUGAUGAAAUAUUUCGGCAACAGAGCCCACAGCCGGAUUUUCAUUACUCUCUAUUAGUAACCGCAAUAAAAAAGGAUAUAGAUGAUGAAGAAGAGGUGGAAGCGGACGAGGAGGAAGAGUGGGAGUAUCUGGAUGAGACUGAAGUUAGUCUACGAUCCAAGUUCUACGAGUCUUGGCUGUGGACGGAUGUUGACCUACCAACCCAGGCAGACAGAGACGGAUUGGCGUCUGCGAUCGUGGACCACCCGUUACCUGACAGCAUUACAGAAUGGGGGGUUCUGGCCAUAAGCGCCUCACCACACACAGGUUUCUGUGUAGCCAAGCCUUACAAUGUCAAAGCAUGGAAACCUUUCUUCGUGGAUUUGAAGCUGCCGUAUUCCGUGGCAAGGAACGAGCAGGUCGAGAUCAAGGCUGUGGUCCAUAACUACGGCAACGACGAACUGUAUGUGAGGGUGGUUCUGAUGAAGACAGAAGGCAUGUGCAGCAUUGCCUUUAAAGACAGACACACACAGGAAGUGACGCUGGCGGCCGGCGCUUCUGUUGCGUUGCCUUACACCAUCGUACCGCUGGUGGUGGGGAAACUCCCUCUGGAGGUGAUGGUGGUAGCCAGAGACGCAAUGGGAGGAGACCGCAUCCAGAAGCUUCUAAAUGUGGUGAUGGAUGGAGUCCAGAAGACUGAAGUUUGGAGUGCAGUGUUGAACCCGUCGGCUGAGGGAGGAACUCAGACGGUUAGUGUGGUCAGGGUCAACCUGGACUCAGUUGUGCCAAACUCUGUACCGGAGACGUUCAUCAAUGUCAGAGGCAAUGUGUUGGCAGACAGCAUUGAUAACUCCAUCAGCGAGGACUCUCUAGCCUCCCUCAUCAGGAUGCCCGGCGGCUGUGUGGAGCAGAACUUGGCCAGCAUCACUCUGCCGCUCAUCGCCACCCUCUACCUGGAGACCACCGACAGCUGGGAGAGUGUCGGGGUGCAGCGCAAAGCCGAGGCUCUCCGCUACAUCAGGAGAGGCUAUGAGAACCAGCUGGCGUACAGAAAGAGUGACGGCUCUUAUCCCCCCUACACGAGGGAAGGCGCAAGUACAUGGAUCACAGCGUACGUGGUGAAAGUGUUCUCCAUGGCUCACUCCAUCGUUGGUAUCAACGAGCAGCAAGUGUGCGAGCCCCUGCUCUACCUGGUCAACAACAAACACAAGAUGUCUAGGGGGAACUUCGUAGAGGACAACCCAGUUUACAGCACCACCAUGACUGGCGGUCUUCGUGGAGAUGACCCCGAGACGACCCUGACCGCCUUCGUCCUGAUAGCACUCGCCGAGGCCAAGCAUGCCGGGAUCAGCUGCGUUAGUUCAAGCGUAAAGGUAGUUAUCAGAAAGACAGCUGAAUACCUGAAGAGAGCGCUGGUGACGCCGGGCAGGAGGCCGUACACUGUGGCCAUCGCCUCCUACGCACUGGCUCUGCUGGGGAAAGAUCUAAACUACAACCCGACACAAUCUUUACUCAGUGCUUCAGCUCCAGGUGGCAGCCACUGGCCCGACAGUAAGAACACCUUGUUCACCUUGGAGGGGACCGGCUAUGCCCUGCUGGCUCUGGUCAAGUUGGGACGCAUGGAGGAAGCUGCAGCGCCGUUUAAAUGGCUGAACAGCCAGCGGAGGAGAGGAGGGGGCUUCGGCUCCACUCAGUCCACCAUGGUGGUGCUGCAGGCUCUGUCUGAGUAUCUGAUCCACAAACCUCCUCCUGCUGACCUCAGUCUGGACGUGGACGUCAGGUUAAGAGGACGCAAGGAAAUCCGUUACCAUUUCAACCCCGAGAAUUCCUACGCUGCUCGCUCCUCCAGGCUGCCUACUGGUCUGGAUUUGGAAGUGGAGGCUCGAGGGAAUGGACAGGGAAUACUGGAGGUUGUGACUUAUUACAACCAGCUGCAUGAGGUGGAUGAGAAAAUGCCCUGCAAAGACUUUGAGCUCAAAGUCAACAUAGAAGAGUCCAGCGAAAAGCCUCCAGCAGAUGUCGAGAAGUCCUACCAGAUCACCAUCAAAGUGAGGGCUUUGGGACCUAGAGAUGUCCGGAUGGUGGUUCUGGAUAUCAGUCUGCCCACCGGCUUCACUCCAGAAAACUCUGACCUGGAGAUGUUGUCAAACUCCGUGGACCAUUACAUCAAUGACUUCAAGAUCGUUGAUAACCUGAGUGACAGAGGCUCUCUGAUCCUCCACCUGUUCAAGGUGUCUCACAAAGAGCCAGAGAUCCUGAUCUUCAGGCUGCAGCAGAGGUUCAAAGUGGGCCUCCUGCAGCCGUCCUCCGUCACCGUCUACGAGUAUUACAACCCAGAUCACCGCUGCACUCACACCUACACUCCCAGGGAGGACCGAGAGGAGCUCACUCAGAUCUGCAGAGACAACGUCUGCCGCUGCACACAGGGUGACUGCUGCAUCCCGAAGAGCGAAAGUGAAAGCUUCCUGAACAACGAAAGAGAGACGUUUGCAUGCACGACUCUACACCACGUUUUCCAGGUGAAGGUGCUGAGUGUGACUCAGAGUUACUACGACAAAUACGAGAUGGAGAUCACACAAGUUAUCAAGCUGGGAGUGGAGUCUGGGGUGGAGGUGGGUCAGAAGAGGGUCUUCAUGUCACACGGAGGCUGCAGAGAUGACCUGAACCUGCAGCAGGGCUCCCAGUACCUCAUCAUGGGGCCCAAAGUGGACCAGUGGAACAUCGACACUGACACCAACAGGUUCAUCUACAUGUUGGGGAAGGACACCUGGGUGGAGCGCUGGCCGACCCCUGCAGAGUGCUCCAGCAGUCCUGAACUACAAGCUAAAUGCAAGAGCCUCCAUGAUACUGCAGAGGAACUGUCUGUCAACGCCUGCAGGCUGUAGAGCUGUGUGAGAGGCAGCUGCACACCUUUAACUGCACGCAUGAGGAAGCAAAGAUCAUUUUAGGGCCUGUAGAAAAGGGAUUGAAUAACAUGUUUGUUUUUCAAAAUGUAAACAAAUAACUGUAGGUGCAGUUGUCAUAAAAGUAAAGACUUAAUACGACUAGCUGCCACACAUUAAUAAAACACCAAACAGCUUCAUUAUUAUAGCUUUUAUUCAAUGGUUUAUUUUACAAAACAAAUGAGUAUGCCUAACAUAACAAGAGCUCAAAUAAAACGUACUGUUGCCAAAGGUUUUAUAAGUACAACAUGAUAUAGCAAAACACAUUGGUCUGUAUAGUCUUCAUUUCAAAUUGAAAUUGUCUCAUGUUUUACAAGUUAACAAGUUAACAAGUUAACAAGUUAGUUAAAUUGCUAUAUUUUUGGUAAAAUGGAAAGUAAAAACUAUUGUGGUGUCUCUUAUUCCCUUUGAAUGAUGACAUGUAGAGUCGUAUCUAUCUACUCCAUGCUUAAACACCAAUACAGAGAACAAAUAAAAGGUUUAAAAAGUG